UUGUUCCGCAUUUCUUUAAAAGAUUUAAGCCAUUAAACUCAAAUUAACUGACGUUCGGCCGUAAAUCUGCAAACUUACCAUCACUUUCUGCUUUUACAUAUGUAGUCCGAAGUGUUACGUACAGGAUAAUUUAUGGAAAAUUUACCAGCGGGGCACCACAAUGGUGCUGCCGUUGCAAAUUCUUGUAAUUCUGAACAUUCGGAGGAUAGACAGAUAACCAAUUAUUCGCCUGGUUCUGAGUUGGAUUAUUGCACAGCGCGGACGCACAUUACCCAGUCCAGUGUAAAACGACUUCAUGAGAAUGACGGCGAACCGGUUCAGUCCUUGAAACGGUUUAGAUCUGCAGCAUUCGAGAGCGAGGACCAGGACUUCCAUACACCCAUGGGUUCUGAGGAGAACUCUGGCAGUACUUCGAUUGAACACCUAGAUUUAGAACAUGCUCUGGCUCUUCUUGACCAGCCAUCGUUUUCCAUUAACGGAAGUCAAAUGGAGGCCGAUGUGGAUAAAAUGAACCACAACGACACUGAUAUUGAGGCAAAUGUGGACAGCCAAAAUGCUGAAGAUCAUCAGGAUGAUGACGACUGCGCAGGAGGUUGCAGCUGGGCUGUUUGCGCUUUCAUGAGUUGCGUAACAGGAAUUUACCAACAUCCCAGAAUUGACGAAAACGUUACCGAAUCUUCGGACGAUGCUCUGGCUAUCCCUCAAGGCACGCUGAAUAGUAAUCCUCUUUGGAACAGUCAAAGUGUGCCAGUGCGGCAGGAGACUAAACUGCGACGUUUGGGAAAUGGCGGACAAGUGGCUGAUGCGAAAAAGCGUCACAAGAAAAAAAGGAAGAAAACUGCUGCACAGAUAAUGGCAAAAAAUAAUCGCGGGUUGUCUGCCGAGCAGAAGCAAGCUGUUGUAAAAAACAAGGAACAGCAUGGCUUAGAGUUUCCAGCAGCUCGCUCAAAACGCGUGAAACGGCGAAGAAAUCGAAAACAGCAAAAGCAAAAAAUUGAAGAGAAGGACGGUGACUGUGAUGAAACAAUCGAUCCGCAACAUGUACAGAUUUCGGCUUGUGAUGCUACUGAGAAUGCACCUAAUGUUUCCCAUCAAGCCGGCCAAAACCCUGCUCAAGCAGAACUGAGAGAAGUAUUUCCUGAAAAAGGCUUAGGUGCUUCCCCGGCUACACCAGUUCCGGAAACGGUUUGGACUCGAUGGGGUGUUGCCUGUUGCUUUCGAUCGUGAAUUCUGAAACAUCCAUCGCUUUAGGAUGAAUCCUUUGUAAGGAGCGCAAAAAUUCCAGCACGUCCUGGCAUUCGCUGGCGAGUUGGUUGUGCCUGUCUAUUUUGGUUUCUUAUUUUAUGCUGUGGAGGAAAUAAGUCCGUUUAACGGAGACCAGUCAGAAACUGAAGAAUGAGCGAUCUGUGCGCAGAGCCCAUGUCGCCCGUGCGGCGGACGUUUUGCCUGCUAACGCUGUUUGAUCUCGGCUUAUCAUUCCUGUUGUGGAUCCUGUACACGCAAAUAACGGGAAUGAGUCCGAUGGAAGCAUUCACGCACGAAGUUGUGCAGUAUAAUAUACACUUGUCGCUCUUCGAUCUCGUCAUGCUUGCUGCCGGAAGAUUUGUAUGCUUGAUACUUGCAUAUGGACUUUGCCGUUUGCACAAUCCAUGGGUGGUUGCGGUGACCACAGCCGGAUCCAGUGCAUUUCUCAUUGCGAAAGUCUUUCUGUAUACGUUUGCUCAAGGCGGUAAUAAAGAUUCGCCAAUUUUGGAUUACAUCUUGUUAGUUUCGUCUUUUAUCCUGUCUUGGACGGAAACAUGGUUUUUGGAUUUUAAAGUAUUACCGCGUGAAACAAAGGAGCGGCUGGAACAACUGAAGCGGGCCGCAUCGGAAUCCACGCCGCUUUUGUAUGGAGGAGCGCUGCGAUAUGAUCAGUUUUCGGAUACGGGUGGAUCAAAUUCGGCAUACUAUUCACCAGUCCAAGGCGGCUCACCGGAAACACGAUCACUAGCUGGAGAAGAUGUGGGUACGAGGAAGCGUACGGAACCACCUCACGAGGUGUCCCCAUUAACUGCUGCACAGAAGCGGAAAAGAAGUAGUAGUAAGAAACGACGUCGCACUUCCGACGGUGAAGGAAAAAGACCACAGCUAGAAUCGGAAAAUUCGAUUUUUUCACCAUCGGAGAAGGAUCGCUGUAUGAUAAUUGGGCGGAAUGACGAGUGCCUGUUUGAUGGAUACUCCGGCACUUCCGACGGGUUGUGUAGUUUGUCAUUCCCCCAUUAUUCAAACGACUAUAUAAUACAAGUUCAGCAGGAUACGUUACGAAGUGAUGUCGACAUUCUGCUUCGAAAUUCUCUUCCUCAACAGCGCAGUAGUUGUUUCAGAGCAAUUUCGUUCCCAAAAUUUUUUUCGCAACACUUGGUUCAGCGAAUUGCCUUAAUAGAACGCGCAAAAAUGAACCUGGCGGUUGUGAAGGAAUUCCAGAAUCGCUCCGGUUGGAAGCUGGAAAAACAAGGGAAAUGCGGAUCAAGUGUAUAUAGUUUGGACGACAAGAAAUAUGGGAAAAUCUUCCGAGUGGAAGGCCUGGUUCGAGCUGCUUCGGAUGACGUCUUCUCAGAUAUUUAUCAGAAAGUCAAUGAAGCCGUGAACUGGAACCAUACGAUUGCUUUCAGUGAAAGAGUGGACCUCCUGGAUGACCACUGCGAUGUGACCUAUGUGUGCGUCAAAGACCAAGCGGGUGGGAUGGUUUCGAGUCGGGACUUUGUUGACGUGCGCUGCUUCGAAAUGCAUCCUUCAGAACUCGGAAACAGAUAUGUGAUUGCCGGAAUUGGCUGUGAACAUCCGCGCAAACCUGUUACAAAAGAGUUUGUAAGAGGGGUUAAUGGUCCCAAUGCCUGGAUUAAUGAACCUGUAGCGCCCUCGGCAAAUGGAGCCGUAUACUCUAAAUUCAUAUGCUUUUCGAAUACGAAUCUAAAGGGAUGGAUACCACAAAAAGUGGUCGACCAAGCUAUGGCCAGUGUUCUUUUGGAGUUAAUACGCAGUUUGCAAAAGAAAUAUGAGCCGAAUAUUCCUGAUUGUUCACCGUAGUGAUUUAGUGUUUCGAUCUAGUCGAAGUUUUUGUUUUGAAAUUUUAAUGAAGUUUUAUGAGAUUUAUCUCUUUUGAUUUUUGUUACUUGCCUCUUUUUAUUGAUUAAUUAUUGCUUUUUUUUAAAAUUUGAACAUACUUUUUAACUUUCAUGAGUUUCUGUUUGUUGAAUUAUAGUGAUCUGUCCAUGUGUUUUCGAACAUGAUGCUUUGCUUAUUUCCCGAGAAGUGUUGAAUAAAUAAACGUGUGCGUUCA